AUGGGAGAACUGUUAGGUCAUAUCCAUUAAAACUGUUGUCAUAUCGGGAACAUACAUUGCUCCGUAAUUUUUUCUCUCUAGAAAAGAUGAUAUUUCUUUUUGAAUCACACUUCAUGUGCCAAAUAAAAUGUUCAGGUUAUUUUAAAAUUAUUUUAUUCAUUUUCUUUGCAAUAGAAGACGAUUGACCAUGGUGAUGAUAAGGCUGAUCAAAAUGGUUAUCCCUACACAUCAUUGCCAGCGAGCUAAAACACUCACAUGAGUAAGACGAAAUUGACACUUGUCAUUGCCUAUUUACAGAAGAAAUUCUCCAAGACAACAUGAGCUCUAAACUUGGAUUGCCAGCAUUAGAUGUCUCUCUUGCGUUUCCUCAGGCAACACCUGCAUCUGUGUUCCCUCCUCCUGGUAAGAUCUAUUAUUUAUUUUUGUAACCUCAGUGGAUGUAUUCUGAGAAUUGUAAGCACAUCAUCCAUUAUGUUUUUUAUGUAUGUCGCUGCAUACUUCCUGCUCGUCGUUGAUUUUGUUACCGUAUGCAAACAGUUAUUUUUUGAAUCAGUUGAAGCUGUAUAUAACACACGUUUCAAUACUAGCAGCUGGUGUAGAAAGUGUGGCGUUUCCUAAUACUGUCACUUUGGCCUUCUGUAAAUGUCAGAGCACCCAGAUCUGUUACUUAUCCCGUGGCCAUUGCUUAAUUCUUGAAGUGCAAGACGUUCAAAAAACAUUGUCUUUUCUACUGCCGGGGUGUCAUUUGAAACUGGGUGAUUUGCUUUCGAGUUUCGAUUCAUUCUAUCAGAUCAUGCUUGAACAACCUCUGUGCUGCUCUUCUGUUGGGUCAUAGCAUGCAUAUCGCUUGAUUAAUUGUUAGGCUAUUGAGGAAAGCUCCAUUUGAUAAUCUCACAUCAUUUGGAAAAAGCGAUACAAUGCAAACUGUGUAAAAUGCAAUUACCUUCCUUGAAUGUCAAGCUACUCCUGGAGAAAAGAAACAGCUUUAUGAAUGCAGGAAGGUGAGCUGGCCAGCAGAGAGUGUGAUUUCUAAAAUCUGUCAUGGUGUGUGUGUGUGUGUGUGACAGCGAGAGGGAGAGAGAGAGAGAGGAUAACAAGUUUCCAAUUAUGGAGCAUCAUAAAAUGUUCAUCUUCGUACUUCAUUUAUUAUUUUUGUAUUUUCUAUAGUUUCCCUAAAAUUAUUUCUUAGCAACCAUUACAGUUUCAGUAAAUUCACAUCUGAUGCUGUUUUAUAUCCAGCUUCCGAUUAUUAUCAAUUCGAUGAUUUGCUAAAUCCGGAGGAGAAAGCUGUGAGGAGAAAAGUUAGGGAGGUUAUGGAGAAAGAAAUUGCUCCGAUUAUGUCGAAGGUACAUUUCGUGCACCUUGUUUUUGUGGCACCUUGUAUUGUAAUUAGAAACGAAGAUUAGAAACUCCGAUUUAGUUCUAUUUCAAACACUGGGAUGUUUCGGACAUACAUCAGCCAUUAAUACCUCAAUACUCGUUAUGGCAAACUUCUAUCCUUUUCAUGGUUUCCAUUUAGGAGUUGGGAACAGAAAUAGAAAGUUGGACGCACGACUGCUUCAAGGUUUUGCAUCGUUGUCCUUGUAGAUUCACGAGGAAUCUGCAGUCAUAAUAAUUCACAUCCAUUGUUGGGAUGAAAUUUUCAAAGGUUAUUUUCAUUUUUCUAUUUUAACUUACCGGCGUUUGUCAUACAUUUUUAGUUUGACUAUGUUAAUUUACUAGGUUGAUGAGGGGACGUACUCCCUCGUGCCAUCUGGAUAACAUAGUCAGAAGGCAUGUAAUCACUUUAUCAUGCUUUCUGAGGUUUCUCCAAUACAUGGAAACCUGUAUGUAAAAAUAGCAUAGACUCUGUAAAUUUUUGGUUUAUUAAAUGUCCGUUCCUUUCACAUGUCUCAUUAAAAUAUGGCAUAAUAUCUAUUUUGGUAAGCAUUUGUUGCCUGCUAUAGCUCUAACGUAUAUACAUUCUACAUAGGAGCUAUUAUUUUGGAAAAGCAUUUUCAUCUUUAAGCUAUGCUAAUUAGAAAUAUGCAUGGAAUAUAUUUUAUGAUACCUUAUAUGUAAAGUUAUGUUCUCUUCUCUGACAUUUAAAUGGGGUUCCUUUCUCCGUAAUAUGUCGUCAUGUUUGUGACUUCAUGGAUGAUCACGAAUAUUUGGACGUUUCUGCACAGUAUUGGGAGAAGGCAGAGUUUCCAUUUCAGGCUAUUCCCAAACUUUCAUCCCUGGGAGUUGCUGGUGGGACAAUCAAGGUAUCGCUCUUUCCCGUGCCUCCUUGGUUAAAUAUGAGACUUUAUGAGGAGACUUUGUCCUAACUUUUGGGGUACAGGGCUAUGGGUGUCCAGGGCUUUCCUGUCUUGGCAGUGCCAUUGCCGCAGCAGAAGUGGCCAGAGUGGAUGCAAGUUGUUCUACCUUCAUUUUGGUGCACUCUUCAUUGGCAAUGCUAACCAUUGGUAUAGACUAGUUGCUGCCUCGUGUCUAGCAUUCGCCAUCUCCUGAUUUCCACGUAUACAUUUGAUUUCACAUUGUCUUGAAAUUUUCUUUGACAGGAUUGUGUGGAUCAGAGGAUCAGAAACAGAAAUAUCUACCUUCAUUGGCACAAUUGGAGACCGUUGGUUGUUGGGUUAGUAAAAAACCCCCGCGGAAUGCUGUGACAACCCAUGCAGUAAUUUAUUCCGUAACCUAAGUCAGCUAAUCGAUAUGUUAACAAUGUGGCAGGCAUUGACCGAGCCAGACUAUGGAAGUGAUGCAAGUUCUUUAAGAACCACAGCGACAAGGGUCUGGUUUUGGAAACUUAUUCCUUUAUGAUCUAAGGGCACUAGCACAUUUGCAGUCAAAUUUCUAAAAAUUAUCAUCAACUAUUGCUGUCGUCUUUUGAAGGCAUUUAUUUGUUAUUAAUGUCGAGAUCUUGCGGUUAACUAAAAUAAUUUUGAUUAUUCCGAAGUUGCAAACGGUUUUAUCAAUAAUACUGUUGAAUGGAACAGGUUGAUGGAGGUUGGGUACUUGAUGGCCAGAAACGCUGGAUCGGCAACAGUACCUUUGCUGAUAUUUUGAUUGUGUUUGCCAGGAACACAUCGACCAACCAGAUUAAUGGGUAAAUAAUCUUUAUGCUUGUGAUCUCCUUUAAAUGGUCUUAUAUCAAAUCAUCCGUAUUAAGGAGCUUGCAUACAGACAAUCCUCCUGAUGUCAUGAAGCCAAGAAUGUUAAAUUUUUCUUGUGAAGCUUCACAUAGUUUAUGAAUGGGAUUUACUCAUACCACAUAGUUUAUCAUAUCAAUGAAAGUAUUCUGAUUAGUUUUGAGCUCGAUACUUGAAUUUUUACGUGCAAAAGGCUCAUUUGCUUUAUGCUUAUUCCAAUUAUCUGAGAUAUUCUGCAUUCAUGUCCACAUGAUUGGAGUAAUUUUGAUGAUGACAACUUCACGAUUUUUUAUUCCAAUGGAUUUCUUAUGACAAUGAGGACAGUCCCGGUUACUACUACCUAUGUAUUGGUAGAGGUCUCAUAACGUAAGAAUGAUGAUUGUACAAUAAAAUAAAUACAAUUAUCCAUCUGUUUAAUCUUAUGUAUCGAUUCUCUGGAAGAUAAACUAAUAUCCUUCAAUACUUAAGUGAGCUUACAAUGAAAAAGAUGUGCAAAGUUUUACAAUACGUAGUUUCUCCCCAUGAGCCGACUGGCACAACAUAAUUGGAGAUGGUCGACCCAAGCUUUUUAGUAGUAGUUUACUCUCUAGAACCAGUGAACUCAUCACUCUUUGGCACAAUUUCAGCUGCAUAAUUUAGUGCUCUUUCAUCUUUUUCGCCACGAAAUGACCUCUGAUGCUUUAUUUUUUGUGGGAAUCUGGAAGCAUAUGUCCAAGAUCUUCCUCACCCUUACUGAACAUGCUUUCCAAAACGUUUUUUGACCCUUUUAGAGCCUUUACUAUAUAGCAACCAUUACAUAGUAGCUGUUUGCCGACUGCUUGGGCCACCACAGGACAUUCAAUGGCUGAUGUAUAAUUAAGGUUUUAGAUGGUUCAAAAGGGAUUUUUGGAAGUAUAUUCAACAAGAAGAGGGGAGAUAUUGACUCUCUACACUUUGCAAAGUCCUAAAAAUCAAGCAUUGUCGCCCUACCUAAAGCUCCACCCUCAAGCAAGAAAGCUGCUGCACAUUGAGUCCAGUGGAGUGUACACACAGUCAAGAAAUGUUAGGUGAAAUAACAAAGCAAACGCUUACAGAAUUCACUAUGCACGAAUUCUGAGCUAUCACCUUGCCGUCUAGGUAGUACCCAAGAGGAGUCUGGGAACUGGUAACCCAAUUCAUCCUUCUGAUCUGCCGGGGUAAUGUAUUGAUGCUACAUGAUGCUUAAAAAACUAGAGAUUUAUGUAUGCAUAUUCAAGCUGUGUGCUCUGUUAGUGCGAGAAGCUCUGUUCUCUAGAGAGUGAUUGCGAGAAGCUCUGUUCUGUAGCAUGUUAGUGCGAGAAGCUCUGUUCUCUGAUUCGCUUUCGUACAGAUUUAUUGUGAAGAAAGGCGCACCUGGUCUGAGCGUCACAAAGAUUGAAAACAAAAUUGGCCUCAGAAUCGUUCAGAAUGGCGACAUUCUCCUGAACAAAGUAUUCGUCCCUGAUGAAGAUAAGCUGUCUGGGGUGACUUGCUUUCAGGACACAAGCAAGGUACCCCCUUUCGCUCUUUCUCGACACCAAUGCUUCAUCUUUCUCGGCGCUGAUUCUUCUGCUCUCGCGUUCUCUCCGCUCAGGUCCUCGCUGUCUCGCGUGUGAUGGUCGCCUGGCAGCCGAUCGGCAUAUCGAUGGGCGUAUACGACAUGUGCCAUCGGUAGAUACCUUCUGCCCCGAGCCUCCUGCAAAAUCUAGCAACUUCUUGGCGUUCAUCCCGCUGUUCUCCGAUGCAACUGGGAUCGGGGAAAAAAAAUGGCAGGUAUCUGAGGGAGAGGAAGCAAUUCGGAGCCCCACUGGCGGCGUUCCAGAUCAACCAAGAGAAGCUCGUCCGCAUGCUCGGCAACAUCCAAGCCAUGCUACUCGUGGGAUGGCGCCUGUGCAAGCUCUACGAGUCCGGCAAGAUGACCCCCGGCCACGCCAGCUUGGGGAAGGUUAGGGCACCGGUCCAGCGCCAGAAUGCCCCACUUCUCUGAGCGUCCCCAUCCUUCUCUGAUGUCAAUCACCUCGUGUGGCCCAGGCUUGGAACUCCCAGAAGGCGAGGGAGACGGUCUCUCUGGGGCGCGAGCUUCUCGGGGGGAACGGAAUCCUGGCCGACUUCCUGGUGGCCAAGGUCUCGGCUGGAUCUCUUCCUCUGUUUCCUCCGUCUGGCUCCUGCCUUUUUUGGCUGAUCCUGGAGCUCUCUGUUGCAGGCCUUCUGCGAUCUGGAGCCGAUUUUCUCCUACGAAGGCACCUACGAUAUCAACUGCCUGGUCACCGGCCGGGAGAUCACCGGCAUCGCGAGCUUCAAGCCUGCUAUUCUGGGGAAGAGCCGGCUGUGA